UCGCGCCCACGGAUUUGCCUUCUGGAAACAACCACCUUUGAGAAACAUCACUCAGUUCAGUCCGUUGUCAUCCUUUGUCCUCUCCGUUUGUUCCGUGAAACUUCCCUAUACAUAGAUACAUUGGUACAUACACGACGAGAUACAUAUCACGCGCCAGCUCUAAUUGGUGAGGCUCGAGCUAGUUACAGUUAUGUUUGCUGCAAGCAGGAGCCUGCAGCUUCUCCUCCAGCUCAACGCCGGCUGCUUCCUCCUCAGCAUAUUGCCAUUUGAUGUUGCCGCCGCGGCAGCGGCAGCGCCACCCUUCUCCUUCAGCUUCGACUUCUCCAACUCAUCCACGUACAACCUACAAGACCUCCAUUUCGAGGGCAACGCGACGCACGAUUUGCACGGUAAACUCAUCGACCUUACCUGCAACUCUAUCGAUUCCAUCCGCAAUUGCACGGGGCGGAUAUCGUACGCAGAUCCGGUGCCGUUCUACGACGACGCCAAGGGCAUCGUGGCCAGCUUCGCCACACGGUUCACCUUCAGGGUCAGCUGGCUCCCUGGUCAAGAAAGCAGGAAGGGGGAUGGCAUGGCUUUCUUCCUCACCGGUUACCCGUCAGACAUGCCGCCUGACUCAGAAGGCGGCGGCCUCGGCCUCAUGAACAGUGACAACAGCAUUGCCGUUGGCAAUCACCGCUUCGUCGCUGUUGAGUUUGACACGCACAACAACUCCUAUGAACACCCAGCCCCGAAAUCCUUGGACCACAUCGCCAUCAACCUAAACUCUGUCAGAAACUCGUUUAAGAUGACGCAUCUGCCCAGCUUCAGCAUUCAGGGCACUAUGACGGCGUCCAUCAAUUUCGACGGCAACACCCGUAGGUUGGUCGCUACCCUGCAAUUCGACGACCGUCCUUUUACACCACCAGUUGAGGUCAGCGCGCAAUUGCCCGAGCCAAUCACAGCCUUGCUCCCGCCAGAGGUGGCCGUGGGGUUCUCUGCGUCCACCGGCCAACUAGUGGAGCUCCAUCAAAUAUUGUCCUGGUCCUUCAACUCCACACUUGCACAAGAAACAGAAAGGUAUUUGUUGGGCCUAAUCAUAGCAGCGAUUGUUGGAGGAUUUCUUGUGUUUAUAGUCGUGAUUUGGUUCAUUCUGGCAUGGUUUAUGCGUAAACGAGGGCGUGAUUCCAUUAUGGCGGGUACUGGCCAAAGGCGAUUCCGGUACCGCGAUUUGGUUAAUGCAACUGACAACUUCUCCGAGAAGAGGAAGCUCGGCAAGGGUGCCUUUGGCGCAGUGUACCAGGGGACAUCCCUCAAGGGUCAUGGAGGCCAGGUGGCUGUCAAGAAGAUCUUCAAGGGGUCACUAGGAGGGCCUAAGAACUUCCUCGACGAAAUCAACACCAUUAGCAAGACAAAGCACAAGAAUCUUGUCAGCCUGGAAGGUUGGUGUUGCAGCAGCAGCGGAAGCUGGAACUUGAUGUGUUGUUGCUGCCAAAAGGAGGAUGAUCAUAACAUCUUCCUUGUCUAUGAACUGAUGCCUCAGGGGAAUCUCCACGAUCACCUACACAAGGAGGAUACAGUUCUUCCAUGGCCCACCAGGUACAAAAUAGUGAAGGGAAUUGGGUCAGCUCUUCUUUACCUCCACCACGAGUGUCAUCCAUACAUCCUGCACAGGGAUAUCAAGCCCGGGAACAUACUCCUGGACAAUGAUUACAAUGCGAAGCUCGCCGAUUUCGGGCUGUCGAGGAUCGCCGACCACAACAACGCCACGGUGGUGACCAACGCCGUGGGGACAAGGGGAUACAUGGACCCGCAGUGCAUGAAAGCAGGCAAAGUCAGGUUCAACCGUAGCACUGACCUCUACAGCUUUGGGAUUGUGCUGCUGGAGAUCGCCUGCCAGCGUAACAAGUCGAGGGAUGGAGUCUGGGAUCUGUAUAGCAACAACGAUGCUGAGCGCAUGGUGGAGGUCGCGGCUGAUGAAAGGUUAGGCGGCAACUUUGACAGGGCGCAGAUGCAUCGUGUGCUUGUCCUGGGGCUCUGGUGUUCUCUGCGUGAUGGUGCACAGCGACCUUCGAUGCAGGACGCAAUGCAAUUGCUGGAGCACGAUAACACACCAUUGCCCCACCUUGCAUCGUCUGCCACUGGCUCUUCUAUUUAAUCCGAUGGUUAUUCAGCAUAGUUGCUUGUUUAAUCAGUUGGUUAUAACUUCAGACACGCCCAGACUUAUCUAUUGCACGUUGUACCAAUGAUAUGUAUCACCAAAUGAACAUCUAGCAUUUUUUUAAUCAAAACAUAUGUAAAUUGAUAUGAGUGAGUAAUCGAGCGGGCAGGAGGGGGGGAGAGAGGCUUCGCUUAUGUCUGGUUUGAGCCCAACUAGAGAGAUAGGCUUUGGUAUGUCGGGUUUGAACCCCAACUAUCCUUCACCAAAAUUUUGGCAUGACUGAAAUUUGUGCGAGUUCUAGUUGUUUGGGUUGUAGCCAGAGUAUCCUUCCAAUAUUUUCACAAAAUAGUUGGUCCUCUA